UGACUUGCCCGCUCCUCCUGCUUGGCCCUUUAGAGGCUGUUCCUAUCCUUGAGUUGUGGUUAUCGGGUAUUGAUUUAAAGCCCUGUCUGCAUCGCUGAAUCCUACAGCCGUGGGGAUGGAAGGGAGCUUCAGAGGUCGCAUCCAGUCUAGCCUCUGGCCGGAGGAAGGAUCGGCCCUGUGCAAACCGGCCAGGACUAAUCCAGCGUGUAUCAAAUACUGUUGAUCCUGACACAGUGGAUCUGACGCCAGAGUUUGCUGCAGGAAAAGCAGCGGGGCUGCAGCCGCCAACGUCGUGCUGCUGUGACCUGUCAGUAAUUGCUGAAGAGCCCCCAGGCCGAGGCUGCACCCCCGCUACAGAGGGGACUGUGCCAGGCUGAGCAUCUGCCCCAGUGCAAUGUGGGGCUGAGCCUGAGCACAGGUGCGGGACCCUGCAGAUUGCAUUGGCAUAGUCCGGUCCUCAUCCCCAGCCUGAGCUGCAGGUAGCACCUCUGGGGGGGCUUAAAACCCCCCUGACACAUGGACGGGGCGUCCCCCCACCGAUGCCUGGUGUCCACCCUGCGGACCCCUGCUCUGCCCUGGAGGAAGUGUUUCUGUAUCAGGUGGAGGGACCGGAGGCAGUUGUGUUCAGUGUCAUAGAUUCAUAGAUUGUCGAGUCAGAAGGGACCAAAUGGAUCAUCGUGUCUGAGCCCCUGCCCCUGGCAGGAAAGAGGACCGAGGUCAGACGACCCCAGCCAGGUGACUAUCUAUCCUCCUCUUGAAGACCUCCAAGCUAGGUGAAAGCACCACCUCUCUUGGGAGCCCAUUUCAGAUCCUGGCCACCCUUACUGUGAAAAAUUUCUUCCUAAUAUCUAACCUAAAUCCCCUCUCAACUAGUUUACACCUGUUAUUCCUAGUCACUCCCUGGGGCACCCUAGUAAACAGCACUUCCCCUAUUCCCCGUUGACCUCCCCUAAUAAAUUUAUAGGCGGCCACAAGAUGUCCCCUCAGCCAUCUCUUGUGAAGGCUGAAGAGAAUCAGGUCUUUCAACCUCCCCCCGUAGGGUCUAUCACGAAGGCCACUCAUCAUGCGAGUGGCCUCCUCUGGACCCUCUCCAGAUUCCCUGCAUCUCUCUUGAAGUGCGGCGCCCAGAGCUGGACACACUACUCCAACUGCGGCCUGGCCAGUGCCGCAUAGAGGGGGAGCAUCGCCUCCUUUGAUCUAUUAGUCAUGCAGCUGCUAAUGCACUUCAAGAUGUGACUGGCCUUGUUGAUGGCCUCGUUACACUGCCGGCUCAUGUUCAUCUUGGAGUCAAUUAUGACUCCAAGAUCCCUCUCUGCCUCCGAGCUACUGAGAAGGACACUCCCCAACCUAUAGGUGUGCUGGGGGUUCCUCCUUCCCAGGUGGAGUACCUUAUAUUUAUCUUUAUUAAAUUGCAUCCUAUUUCUCUCUGCCCAUUGAUCCAACCUGUCCAGGUCAGCCUGAAUCUGCUCCCUGCCCUCCUGUGUACUAACUUUGCCCCAUAACUUGGUAUCAUCAGCGAACUUGGAGAGGGUGCUCUCCAUGCCCUUGUCCAAAUCGCUGAUGAAGAUAUUGGAUAAUAUCUGUUGGAGGACCGAACCCUGCGGGACCCCACUGCCCACCUCCCUCCAGGCCGAGAAGAAACCAUCCACCACCACUCUGGUGCGGUCCCUAAGCCAGUUGGCCACCCACCUGACCGUGUAGGCGUCCACUCCACAGUCUGCUAGCUUCCCAACGAGGACAGGGUGCGAAACUGUGUCAAAGGCCUUCCUAAAGUCCAGGAAAAUGACAUCAGCCUCGGCUGGAAAGCAGGGUGAGUGCACACUCAGCACCUUCGCGGAUGACACCGCGCUGGGGGGAGUAGCAGAUGCGCUGGAGGGCAGGGCUGGGAUCCAGAGGCUUUGACGACCAAAAGGAAUCUCAUGACUGAGGUUCAAUUAAGGACAAGUGCAAAGUGCUGCGUUUAGGACAGAGCAGUCCCAUGCACCGGGACAGGCUGGGGGUGACGGGCUGGGCAGCAGCUCUGCAGAAAAGGACCUGGGGCUGACAGUGGGCAAUAAGAGGGAUAUGAGCCAGCAGUGUGCCCUUGUUGCGGCAUCCUGGGCUGCAUCGGUAGGAACGUUGCCAGCAGAUUGAGGGCAGUGAUUCUUCCCCUCUAUGGGGCACUGGGGAGGCCACAUCUGGAGUCCCUUGUCCAGCUGUGGGCUCCCCACGACAGAAAGGGUGUGGAUACGUUGGAGAGAGUCCAGCGGAGGGCAAGAGCAGGGGGUUGGAAUAGAUGUGACCUAAGGGCCCCUCAAACUGAAUUUUCUAUGAUCUCCAAAAUCAAUUCAUUUUGCUGCCUCUUCCAGCCAUGGCUCCGUGUCCUCCUCUCUGCCCUGGGGAGCGCAGGCGCUUGCCCUCCUUGCUGCAACUGCCCUUCGGAUCCCUGCAGCCCGCUCCCAGGGCCCCUCCAGCGCCUUUUCCGCCGUCUGAACCAGCCCAGUGCCACCUGCUGCUCUGCUCCGCUCCUCCCCGCCUGGGCUGCACUUUCUGAGCCCAUGGGCAUCUUUGUUGCCGCCUCUGGACCCUUGUUAGCUUCUCCAUGGCCUUGCUCAAAGCCUGGAGCCCACCCAGGCCUUGUCCCGGUGCCUCCCAAAAGCCUCUGAUGGCAUCCAUCCCGUACCGAGGGUCCUCUCUUGCAGAGCAGCUGGGUGGCAUGGACAUCGGCAGCCAUUUUUUUAUGGUGCAUUGCCCCCUCCCAGUCCCAUGAGCUUGGCGCUGCCUGCACUAGCCUGGAGGAGCGGGCGGGCCUCCGUGCCAACCCCAGCAGCCGUGUGAGCUGGGCAGGCUGGGACACAUGAGGGCCACCAGGGGGCGCCUUGUGCACAUGGCACAGCCGGAGCUGCGGAUCCGGAUCGGGCCCAUCAGGGUGCCCCCUCCUUGCCCGGAUGCCCCUUUGCGCCCAUGGAGCUGCGUGGGCUGAGACCAAACCAGCUCAUAACUCCCCCAGGGGUGCAUGUGCUGGGGUUUAUUUUGCGGGGGUGGGGGUUGGGCAUGGCUGCCUAGGCCACCAUUGCCCCUUGUACAGAUGGGAAAACCGAGGCAAGCGAGGGCAGGGUAAUCUCAGCAGCAGGGAGCUGCACCCCGGGCCAGAGCCCGGAACCGGUCUGAACACCGCAGCCAGGCUUGUUCGUUAGCCACAAAGAGACGCCGGGAAGCCCUUGGAGGGGCCGGGCUGCUCCGGGUGCAAGCGGGGCCCCAAUCCUGGCUGGUGCUGGCGGCUGUGCAAUGCCAGGGCAGCUCCCACGUCGGCCGUGUGCCGGGGAGGGGGCUGCUGAUGUGUCCUUCGGCUGCCCUGGGGCGGGGGCUGAGGGGGGCCGCCCACAGAAAGCGGGCACUCCCUCCUGCUUCUGCUCCCGCAUCCGCCCCAACACUGGCAGCUGGGAUUAGUCGAGCCUCCCCUGCCCUGGGAACAACACAUUGUGCCAAGCUGGACUGGCCCCAAAACCCAGGGCGGAGCCCGGACCGCCCUCCAGAGCCCCCGUCCUGGCACAGGGGCUCAGCUUCCCUGUCUCUGGGCCUCCGCCAGGCCUGGGAAAAGCACACGGAUUAAGGACCCAGGCGAGUGGGAGGCGUGGACCUUGGCAUCCUCUUCCACCAGGUGUGUGGGUCCCGUACCGCCCCGUUCUUCACCUGCAGCCUCCUAAAGGCAGGUGGCACCAAGCCGUGGCAGCCGUGCCAGGCACCUGCCGCUGAGCCGUCAUGGAACUGAGCACGGCCACGCUCCUCUUGCUCGCCCUUGCCCUCACCAGCCUGGCCUGGCUGCUGGCAGGGGCGCAGCGGGGGCGCAGCGGGGGUAGGCGCCUGCCCCCCGGGCCCCGGCCAUUGCCCCUACUGGGAAACCUGCUGCAGCUGGACACCAAGCACAUGAUCCAGUCGCUGACGGCGCUGGCAGCGCGCUAUGGCCCUGUGUUCAUGGUGCACCUGGGCUCACAGCCCAUCGUGGUGCUGUGCGGCUACCGCACCGUGAAGGAGGCGCUGGUGGACCAAGCCGAGGUCUUUGCCGGCCGCGGCGACCUCCCCGUCGUGUACCGCUUCACCCAGGGCAACGGCAUCGCCUUCUCGAAUGGGGACAAGUGGCGGGUGCUGCGGCGCUUCGCCAUGCAGACGCUGCGCGGCUUUGGCAUGGGCAAGCGCAGCCUGGAGGCGCCGAUCCAGGAGGAGGCCCGGUGCCUCGUGGGGGAGCUCGACGGCACCCAAGCGGCACCCUUCGACCCCACCUUCCUCCUGGGCUGCGCCGUGUCCAACGUCAUCUGCUCCGUGGUGUUCGGGGAGCGCUUCGAGUACACGGACCACGGCUUCCUCGCCUUCCUCGGCGUCAUGAACCAGAACUUCCUCCUGCUCAGCUCCGUCUGGGGCCAGCUGUACAACCUCUUCCCCGGGCUCCUGCGCUGGCUCCCGGGGCCGCACAACCGCAUUUUUGCCAACUUCGAGCAGCUGCGGCGCUUCGUGGCCAAGCAGGUGGAGCGGCACCGCCUGGCCCUCGACCCCAACUUCCCCCAGGACUUCAUCGACUGCUUCCUCCUGCGCAUGGAGCAGGAGAAGCAGGACCCCCAGAGCCACUUCCACAUGGAGACACUGGUGAUGACAACCCACAACCUGUUCUUCGCGGGCACCGAGUCCACCAGCACCACGCUGCGCUACGGCCUCCUCAUCCUCAUGAAGUACCCGGAGAUCCAGGCCAAAGUCCACGAGGAGAUCGAUCGGGUGAUCGGGCAAGACCGCAGGCCGAGCGUUGAGGACCGGAGCUGCAUGCCCUACACUGACGCUGUCAUCCAUGAGAUCCAGCGCUUCUCUGACAUCAUCCCCUUGGGGAUCCCCCACGCGGUGACAUGUGACACCGUCUUCCAGGGAUACCUGCUUCCAAAGGGCACCAAUGUGAUGCCGGUGCUGGGCACCGUGCUCAAGGACCCCACCCAGUUCAGGAACCCGGGCGCCUUCGACCCCAGCCACUUCCUGGACGAGCGCGGGGGCUUCCAGAGGCACGACGCCUUCAUGGCCUUCUCCGCAGGGAAGCGCAUCUGCCUGGGGGAAGCUCUGGCGCGCAUGGAGCUCUUCCUCUUCUUCACCACCCUCCUGCAGCGCUUCGUCUUCAAGCCCCUCUGCCACCCGGAGCAGAUCGACCUUACGCCCCAGGUGAGCGGCCUGGGGAACCUGCCGCCGCCUUACAAGUGCUGCGCCGUGCCCCGCUAGCCGGCCGCAGCACCUUGCACCCCCACCCCCCGGGCAGCCAGCAGCCCCAGCGCACGGUGAGGUCUCGGCCGCGCCGGACACAGCACCCCCGGUUCACCAGACUCCUUGGUGGCAUCUUGCCUUUCUCCCCUGCUAAAGCCCCGGGCUCCCGGAGUCCCGGGAUUGCCUUGGCAGCCCAGUGGGCUGGAGAGCAAAUAAAACACAAAGCUGUUGGU